UGCUCCGAUGAUUGGGACUCCUGUCUAUGCUCAUGUGUAUGCUCCUCUCCAUUUUGCUGUCUCUCAGUUGAAACUGAUUCUCCUCUGUGGUCUCUCCACAUUAAUUCAUAUACCAACCAAACCACCUGUCAUGGAUCGAAAGCCACCGACUCCUCGGCUACUCUGGAUAACCCACCAUCCUGCUGUUGAUUUGGAGCUGCUGGACGACAGCAAUUCUGGCGAUGUUGGCCAUCAAGGAGAUCCUAUCUCUGCGCAUGGGGGCACCAUGUGGAAGCAUGUAGAUAGUGGUGUGUUGACUUGGUUGCUGCAUCGACCCUACUUCACGACUAGUGAUAGUUAAUAAGGCCAAUUACAUCACAGCAGCAAGCCUGUUAAUCUCUGAAGGAUUUCUUAUUGGUGACAGCGAGCUGCAUUAUGCUAUACCGAGUAAAGCUCCUUCACCUUGGGCGUUAGCGUGAGCGUCAGCCAAAAUAUUUGGUCGGUCGUCUCCGACCUGGGAUAAUCACCCUAGGCUGGAAAAAGGAAGCCGCGGAAGGUCCAGUCCCAGCGA